GUCACCUUGGCGGACUUUAAGGGCGUUCUGCAGCGACCCAGCUAUAAGUUCUUCUUCAAGUCUAUGGACGACGAUUUCGGAUGGUGGCCAAGGGAGAGACCUUGGAAAGGGCCUCAAAGCCUGGAUGGGAGUGACAGAAAGAGUCUCUUGAUGUUCUUCAUCUUCCCUCCCUGGCGGGGUCUUCUCCACCCAGCUGCAGGGCUUUGGACAGGCGGAGUUUGGAAGCAGCGACUUUCCCUUUAAGAGAGGAUGGAAUGUUGGAGCCGGAAGAGUGGUGAAGGAAGAGAUCUCUGACGACAAUGCCAAGCUGCCCUGCUUCAAUGGCAGGGUGGUGUCCUGGUUGGUAUCUGCUGAGGGCUCACACCCAGAGGCUGCUCCCUUCUGCGCUGACAACCCAUCAGAACUGCCACCACCCAUGGAACGCACAGGAGGCAUUGGGGACUCCCGGCCCCCAUCCUUCCACCCUCAUGCUGGUGGAGGCAGCCAGGAGAACUUGGACAAUGACACAGAGACGGACUCCUUGGUGUCGGCCCAGCGUGAGCGGCCACGCAGGAGGGAUGGCCCAGAGCACACAACCAGGCUGAAUGGAACUGCAAAGGGAGAGCGGCGGCGAGAGCCAGGGGGUUAUGAUAGCUCAUCCACCCUUAUGAGCAGCGAGUUAGAGACCACCAGCUUCUUUGAUUCGGAUGAGGAUGACUCCACCAGCAGGUUCAGCAGCUCCACAGAGCAGAGCAGCGCCUCACGUCUGAUGAGAAGACAUAAGCGGCGGCGGAGGAAGCAGAAGGUUUCACGGAUUGAGCGGUCCUCGUCCUUCAGCAGCAUCACGGACUCCACCAUGUCACUCAACAUCAUCACAGUCACUCUCAACAUGGAAAAGUACAACUUUUUGGGCAUCUCCAUUGUGGGCCAAAGCAAUGAGCGUGGUGAUGGAGGCAUCUACAUCGGCUCUAUCAUGAAGGGUGGGGCUGUGGCUGCAGAUGGACGCAUCGAGCCAGGAGAUAUGCUGUUACAGGUAAACGAGAUCAACUUUGAGAACAUGAGUAAUGACGAUGCAGUCCGGGUACUGCGGGAGAUUGUGCACAAACCAGGGCCCAUCACCCUGACUGUAGCCAAGUGCUGGGACCCAAGUCCACGUGGUUGCUUCACACUGCCCAGGAGCGAGCCCAUCCGGCCCAUUGACCCUGCAGCCUGGGUCUCCCACACUGCAGCCAUGACUGGCACCUUCCCUGCCUAUGGUAUGAGUCCCUCCCUGAGCACCAUCACCUCCACCAGCUCUUCCAUCACCAGCUCCAUCCCUGACACAGAACGCCUAGAUGAUUUCCACCUAUCCAUCCACAGUGACAUGGCCGCCAUCGUAAAAGCCAUGGCCUCCCCUGAAUCUGGGCUGGAGGUCCGUGACCGCAUGUGGCUCAAGAUUACCAUCCCCAACGCUUUCAUCGGCUCAGACGUGGUGGACUGGCUGUACCACAAUGUGGAAGGCUUCACUGACCGGCGAGAGGCCCGCAAGUAUGCCAGCAACCUGCUGAAAGCUGGCUUCAUCCGCCACACUGUCAACAAGAUCACCUUCUCCGAGCAGUGCUACUACAUCUUCGGUGACCUCUGUGGCAACAUGGCAAACCUGUCCCUCCAUGAUCACGAUGGCUCCAGCGGCGCUUCUGACCAGGACACGCUGGCCCCUUUGCCGCACCCAGGGGCAGCCCCUUGGCCCAUGGCUUUCCCUUACCAGUACCCACCGCCCCCACACCCCUACAACCCGCACCCAGGCUUCCCAGAGCUGGGAUACAGCUAUGGCGGGGGCAGCGCCAGCAGUCAGCACAGUGAAGGCAGCCGGAGCAGUGGCUCCAACCGUAGCGGCAGUGACCGACGGAAGGAGAAGGACCCGAAGGCAGGGGACUCAAAGUCUGGUGGCAGCGGCAGCGAGUCGGACCACACAACCCGAAGCAGCCUGCGGGGGCCACGGGAGCGGGCGCCCAGCGAGCGCUCAGGUCCUGCCGCAAGCGAGCAUAGCCACCGCAGCCAUCACUCAAUGGCCAGCAGCCUGCGCAGUCACCACACGCACCCGAGCUACGGCCCCCCUGGCGUGCCCCCUCUCUACGGUCCCCCCAUGCUGAUGAUGCCCCCUCCGCCCGCGGCCAUGGGGCCCCCAGGAGCCCCUCCGGGCCGUGACCUGGCCUCCGUGCCCCCUGAACUGACAGCCAGCAGACAGUCCUUCCGCAUGGCCAUGGGAAACCCCAGUGAGUUCUUUGUGGAUGUGAUGUGAACAGGACCCCUCCCCCAGUUCCAUCCCAUUCCCAUCCCUGGGCGGUUGCGUCCCUCCAUCCGUCCCUCUUUUUUACUUUGUCUGGUACCUGAAAGGGAAAUAAAUUGGACUAAAUUCAGGCGCGCUAACUGCUAGCUGGGCGCAGUAAGGGCGGGGCACCCACCCAUCGCCACUGCAGCCCCUAACCUGCCAUCAGCCUCAGCUUGGCCCCCUGCCCACUAACUGCUGCGUAGGACUUACAGCAUCCUUCAUGUCACUGGGACCUGACUUCCUGGUGCUGCUCCUAUUCCCCACAAACACUUCAGGAGUUACCCCAGUGGUGCCCCGCUUACCCUCUUCUUCCCACCUUUUCCCCCUCAGCAACGUUGCACCAUUCACUCAGCUACAUCAGCCCUCUAUUAACUGCAUCCCCUCAAGCAUGUGUGCCAAUCUCUUGACUUCUCCCCCACAAUACUGACACCAAAAAAUGUUUGCUUCAUCUAUUCCUCCUCCUAACUGCCUACCCCACCCCCAUCGCUGCCUCAGUCCUGCACCCUACCUAGAGCUGUAGUCACUUACAAUAACCAUCCACACUGUUCCCGCCUGUGCUGGCCUUUACUAGACGCCCAAAGGGCCCCCUUAGUUACCUGAGCUGCUAGUGGCUUCCAAGAAGCGUACCUGCUGUACCCUUUCAUCCACACCCCCAUGCCUGCCCUGUGUGCUGGUUCCUUCUGACCCCUAACCCUACUAACCAGCAGGCUCAUCUCACCUCUGGGCCUGAAACAUUUCUUUUCUUUUUCUUCCCUCAAUUUUUCCUGGGCCUGGAGCAGCCAAGAAUUUCGGGCUGUUUGACUUUCUGUGAGCCCCCAUCAAGGGGAGGCCCAGCCUCCGAGGAGACCAGGAACCCUGCUUCAGCAGCCCCUCAGGGCUUCCCAAGGAUGUUCAGCCCCCAAACCCACACUUCAACAUGUUGAGUCACUAGGCUUUGUUGGAGAGCUCCAGCCUCUCACCCAUGUAUGAGAGAUUCUGUUCCCUUUCUAGAGACUGCCCACCCAGUCUCUCUUUCUUUCUCUCUCCCUCUCUCCUCUAACACAUGCACACAUACAUACACAAACACAUAAAAACACACGUGCCUAUGCAAGUUCACUUAAGCCUCAGGGCUGGUCCCUGCUCAGAGGGCUGGACCUUCUCUCCCAGGUUGUGGGGCUGGUCCCCUGAUUUCCCUCUCUUCUUCUUUAUAGCCCCCAAACUACCCACACAUGUCCCCAUCAUCUUCCUACCUGGAUAAAGCCCAUAAGCUGGGUGUCAGGUCAGGCUCAACAGAAGACUCCCCAAACAACUGACAGGCUGUUCUCACCUUGCUCCCACUCCAACACCCUUAUUUCACAAUAACCAUGAUACCCCAGAGAAAGGUUGGGCGAGGGACUUCUGGAACUUCAAAAAUACCAGGUUUUAUUGUUUACCUUAUUCUACAGUUUAAACAAAUCAUGAUCUCUUUAAGCCUCUUCUGUAAAUUCUGUCUUACCUAGGCUUCUUUAUUUUUAGGACUGGGGUGUCAUAAAUACAAUUAAGUCUUAAGCUCCAGGCUUUGGGGCAAACCAGGGUAGGGACAUUUUAACAAAUACUUCCUGGGGGUUUUGGUGCACAAGGGCUGUGCUGGAAGUGUGACUCAGUCUUGCCUGCCUUCUAGGAGCCCAGGCCAUGGCUUUCUCUAGCCACCACUACAGGGCUGUCUCCUAUACUUCUUUGACUUUUCUGACUCUGCCAUGUUCAACUCCCUUGAGAAUUCCUCUACUAUUGCUUAUGCCUUCAAUGUUGGUGCUCCUUGUGUUCUUUGGUUCACUUUUCUCCUCUAUAUUUGCUCUUCUAUAUUUACUUUCCUCUAUAUUUACUCUAUAGUGAUGUCUUCAAUUGCCAUUGAUAUGCUGGUGAUUCUAAAAUAAGUGUAUUCAGCCCCAGCUUCCCUCCAAAGUUUAGAUCUGUAUCAUCACCCACUGGACGUCACCAUGGACAUAUCCAUAUGGACUCAACUCAUCCCCGCCCAUGUUCAUCCUGAAUUCCAAUCCUGGUUAUCUUCAUCACACUCUAUGUAGGCUCACCAGCUAGGAACAGUUAUGGGCUUAAAUUUCCUCCCCAUAUCUUACUAGUCAGCAUAUCAUAUCCAUUCCACCCCAACAAUCUUUCUUGAGUAUGGUCUUUCCUCUCCCUUCUGCUUCGACUCUAAUUCACAGGAGCAUGAGAUUUGGAGUCAGAUUGUUCUGGGUUUGAAUCCCAGCUCUACUACUUUUUGGUUUCAUGAUAAGAGAGUUAUUUAAUCUCUCUGAGCCUCAAUUCCCUCAUGUAAAAUGACGAUAAUAAUACCUACCUCACAGGGUUGUUGUGAGGAUUUAAAUUAGAUAUUGUACGAAAAGUGCCUAGCACGGUGCCUGGCACAAAGUAGAAUAGGUGCUCAAUAAAUGGUAGCUAUUAUUGUUAUUA